CAUUUUCUUGAGCUUGGUUUGAGUUUGAAUAUCAAUUUCUUGAGCUUGGUUUGAGUUUGAAUAUCAAGUUCUUGAGCUUGGUUUGCGUUUGAAUAUCAAUUUCUUGAGCUUGGUUUGAGUUUGAAUAUCAAUUUCAUUUCUCUAAACAUCAGGAAAGAGUGAGAUGCACGUCUGUUGUAGACCCGAUCCAAGUGUUAAAACGAACAUCACAACUAGUGAAGAGUUCUUGCCUCGCCAAAAUGGCGAUCUAACGAUCAUGUAUGAUGUGACAAGAACCUAUGAUUCAAGUUAUUGGGCACAAGUCAAAAUUUCUAACCAUAAUCCUCUUGGUCGUCUUGAUUAUUGGAAGUUGAGCUGGGAAUGGAUGAAGGAUGAGUUCAUCUAUUCAAUGAAAGGUGCUUAUCCUUCUGUUGUUGAUUCUACUGAUUGCAUUUUUGGUAGACAAGGCACUUAUUAUAAGGAUUUAGACUUUGCCAAUGUAUUAAGCUGUGAAAAAAAGCCAACAAUUGUUGAUUUGCCUCCAACUAAGGCCAACGACACUACGCUCGGGUUGAUCCCGUUCUGUUGUCGAAAUGGGACGAUCUUGCCUUCUCAUAUGGACUCAAGCAAGUCGAUUUCAGCGUUUCAAAUGCAAGUUUUUAAAAUGCCACCAGAUCUCAAUAGAUCUCAGAUUACACCACCUCAGAAUUGGAAGAUCAGUGGCGUUCUAAACCCGACGUAUAAAUGUGGUGCUCCAUUGAGGGUAAGUCCUAGCGAAUUCCCAGACUCAAGUGGUUUACCAUUGAAUUCGACUGCAGUGGCUAGUUGGCAGGUUGUUUGUAAUAUAACCCACGUCAAGGACGACACACCAAAAUGCUGUGUUUCAUUUUCAGCUUACUACAACGAUUCUGUCGUCCCGUGUAGAACGUGUGCUUGUGGAUGCCCGCAUAAUGCUGCUCGUACAUGUAAUGCAACGUCCUCUGCAAUGCUCCUCCCACCGGAAGCCCUUCUUGUUCCGUUUGAGAAUAGGACCGCCAUGGCUGUGGCUUGGGCUGGUCUUAAACACUACCCAAUUCCCAAUCCCAUGCCUUGUCCUGAUAACUGUGGUGUGAGUAUCAAUUGGCAUUUGUAUACCGAUUAUAGAGACGGAUGGAGUGCAAGGAUUACUCUCUUCAACUGGGACGAAGUGAACUUUGCAGAUUGGUUUGCUGCAGUUCAGAUGAAGAAAGCAGCACCUGGUUUCCAGGCAAUGUACUCGUUCAACGCGACGACCUUGGAACUGGAUGGUGCCAAUAAUACUAUCUUUAUGCAGGGUAAUCCUGGACUAAACUAUCUCGUAGGCGAAACGGACGGAGUCCACCCAGAAAGGGAUCCGAGGGUACCCGGAAAACAGCAAUCUGUGAUAUCAUUUACAAAGAAGAACAUACAAGUUCUUAACAUGGCUGCUGGAGAUGGGUUCCCCACUAAAGUGUUCUUCAAUGGGGAAGAAUGUCUACUUCCAAAAUCAUUCCCUGUUAACGACAGCCGAAGGAACUUAGCUUCGUUAAUUCCGAGCAUCCUAAUGCUACUAUUCGUGUUCGUGUUUGUUCAGCAAUAGCCCGGAAAGAACGAGAAGAAUCACAUUAUGUUGUAGCUGCUGUUAAUUGUUUUAUUCUUUGAAGGAUUGAAGAUGAAAUGGAGCAUUUUCAGGGACUGACUGAGAUGAACACUGAGAAAUGAUAGGUUUUAUGGUCACUCAACACUAGAAGAAGCUACACCAUGGCUCUGCCAGUUCUCCUGGCUUGUAUUUUUUGAACUUUUGUGAAUUUUGUUAUUAUAAAUGUUUCCCCUACUUUUCCUCAUAUAUCAAUUAGGACCUUUGUUUUUUAUAUAUUUAUGAUUCGAACUCUUUUUGGGGCAACAUUUUCGAUUCGAAAGUUUCUUUUCUUAUGAAAUUUAGUGUUAAAAUUAUAUUUA